GCUUGCGGAAGUUUGUUUUUACAGCUGAAGUUGAAGUCAACAAGAGGGAACAUCAGAUAGAAACGUAUUUUUUGUUGUACUACAAUAGAUGGACCUCAGUUCGGAGAAAAUACAGCGGGCCCUCUCCAAGUACAAAUUCCGAGAUGUUGCUAUUGAGGAGCUGCAGAAGGUUCAUCGACUCUACCCUGAGAUGAGACCAUCUACAGGCACAUACACAUUCAGUGAUGGCAGCCAGAAAAAUCUCCUGAAAUUAAUUGAUAACAUUCCUGUAAAGUAUGAAGGAUGUUCCUACAACUUUCCCAUUCAGCUGUGGCUCAUGGACUCAUUCCCAUUCACUCCUCCCAUAUGCCUUUUGAGACCAACCUCUAAUAUGGUUAUAAGAGUGGGGAAACAUGUUGAUGCUCAAGGGCGGAUCCAUCUGCCAGGGCUGCACAACUGGGAUUAUCCAAAGUCAUCUGUGGUGGGCCUUCUGACCGAGAUGACUGCCAAGUUUGAGGAGGAUCCUCCACUGUCCUCAAAGACCACAGGGAACAGCAGUAACCCCAAUGAGAUUCUGGCAUUUGUCUCUAAUUUCCACAUCAAUGAUGGUGGAAUUAGACAUCAUGAUCAACCAAUCAACAAAGUCUCAGUUAUUGGGGGAGGAGAUUUAGGAAUGGCUUCCGUAAUGAGCAUUUUGGCAAAGUGUAAAGUGGAUAAACUGGUUUUUAUUGACGUCGCUGAUAGUUCAACUAAGGGCGGGAGUACAGAUCUAGAGAUUUUUGGUCUGCCAAACGUUGAAGUGUCCAGAGAUACAUCGGCCUCUGCAGGCUCCAGGGUUGUUGUGGUGACUGCAAAUGCAUGGAACAAUGAGCAGUCGUAUGUAAGCGUGGUUCAGACUAACGUGGACUUGUACAGAGGAAUCAUCCCAAAUCUGGCACAUCUCAGCCCUAACGCUGUGAUGCUCAUCGCUUCACAGCCAGUGGAUAUCAUGACCCAUGUUGCCUGGAGGCAGAGCGGCUUACCUCCAGCACAGGUGAUCGGAGCAGGGUGUAACCUGGACUCAGAGCGUCUUAGUCACAUUUUGGAUAUUAACCUAAACACCCACAAACAAGCCUGGUUCAUAGGAGAACUUUCAGAUAGCAAAGUUGCUGUGAUGAGUAACGUUGGGCUGAACUCCAGUGUGCAGCCAGAGAUCGCCUCAGGUUCCAGCAUCACCAAACCAUUGUUAGACAGAGCAAUUGAAAUCAUGAAGAAUCCAGGCCAGCGGUCGUGGUCCGUGGGUUUGUCCAUCGCUGACAUCACAAACAGUAUCCUGACAGAUAAAAUGAAGAUCCACUCUGUCUCCACACUGGCUCAGGGCUGGGGUGGUAUAGGUGCAGAGGUGUUCCUCAGCCUGCCGUGCAUCAUGGGAUCGAAAGGUUCAAUGCGACUGGCUGGAGUGUCACUGGGACAGGAAGACGACGCCAAACUCAAGGGCAGCAUCACCUCCCUUUCUAACCUCAUGAGUCAGCUAAGAAUGUGAGGGAAAUGAUUAAAUUCCCAGUUUGUGGCUUAACUGACCAGUCUGCAAGUAGCUGCUGCCUAAUGGUGGGGCAGUUCUCCAGUCAGCAUACCAUCAGCAGGAUUUCACGCUGAAUGCAGCUUUAAUUAGCUACUUACACAGAGAUUUUGAAGUUAUGGACUAUAGGAUUAUUGGUAUGAAUGUGUAAUUGAAUCAUAAAAUCUGUUUCUCAGUUGUCUUUCAACAGUUUAUUAAAUGUAGGUAAUAGAAAUGUCAUAACUAUCAAUGUACAGAUUUUUGUAUUUAAAAUUUACCAGGAUUGUGAGAAGGUACUUGGUGAGUCUCGCAUAAAAUGUUACAUGAAUGCACUACUAUAUUUUUGAGAGCAUCUAAAGAAUAGUGAUGUUUGUAUAUUUUUGACAACUAUUUUUGUCCAAGUGAAAACACUUUUCAGCAGUUUUACCAAAGAUGUACUGUAAAACAUUUUUUCUGCUAACUCACUCCUUAUGCAAUUCAUUGGAAGAAAAUCAAGGUGUUUGAUAGAUGAAGUAUGAAGCAUGUAAUUAAUAUUAUAAACUACAGAGUUCUGGCAUUAAUACAAUAGAAAGUCUUACUUAAGUAUAGCUUGUAUAUUUUAAUGGCCUAAUUUGCCACCUAAGUGCCGUUUCCAUCUGUAAUGGCAAAGCAUUUAAAAUGCUAAAAAGCUUUUGUUCUUACUUUUGUUUACUUUGUAUGAAGCCUUUGCACGGCUAGGACCUCAGACGUGCCCAAUAAAACUGUAUUAGUGGGUGUGCAAUAAUUACCCAAAACCAGAUGCGUUUUGUCUCUGUGGCAAAGAGAAAACAACAGACAACUAAGGUUUAUUUGUUUAUAAAAGUCACGGGUAGCUGUAUGAAUGUACAUAAGCUUUGGU